AUGAGAAUUAAAAUUUUUUACUAUCUUAUUUUUUUAUAGUCCUACAUUUAAGCCAUUACUAGUUAAACACAAAUAGACUUUGUAUUCAACUCCAUUCCUUACUAAACAUUUGAUGUUUAAAGUAAAAAUGGGACUUCUAACACUAUCAAAGUAGCUUAAAACUCUGGAAUAGCUGUAGCUGCUGUUGGUUAUGCUGGAAUUAUGAUUAUUGACCAAAAAUUCAAAACUUAGAUAUUCCCCUCUCCAGACAAAAGUUACAUUUAAUGCAUACAAAUAUCUAAAAAUUCUGACUACAUUCUUUUAGGAAUGAUUAAUUAAGUUGGCAUUUUUAAAUUAAACUAAAUUGAUUUUAGCAUUUCUAUGAUAAACUCUAUUAGCAUGCCAAAUACAGUAAUAGUAGGAAUAGAGUUUAAUUUAUAAGAAGAUGUUUUGUUUAUUUUAGGUUACUAUGGCUUGAUAGAAUGGUAUGAUGCUAGAAAUAUAACAACUUUAAAUAAGCUUGGAGAGCUAAUAUACCCAUAAAUGGUAUUUGCUAGAGGAAUAAUAUCGCCAGAUAAUAAAUUUUUUUAUGUUAUUGCUUAUUAAGAUGGGUUGCUUUGCUUUAAAAUAGAUGAAAUUUAAAUAAAAAGCAAUUUAACAGUAAAUUUAACUAGAAUUUUAUACAAACCAGCUAUUUCUAGCUUUACAGAAUUAGCAGUAACGAGUAAGAACUAAUACAUAUUUGCUAUUGAUAAGUGGGAUGGCGUUUACUUGCUUUACGAUUUAAGCUAGUUGCUUACAGAAGGAGAUAAUUUAGAAAACAAAAAUAACAAUAAAAUAUAGUUGGUAUAAGCUAAUCUCGGUAGUAGUGCAGGAUAUACAUCUUCAAUAGGAAUGAGCUCAGAUGAUUAAUUUUUAUUUAUUGGAGCAAGAUCAAUUGGAAUACUCAUUUAUAAUAUAGCAGAUCCUUUAAAUCCUAUAUUUUUUUAAUAGCUAAAGUUAAGUGGGUAGUCUUUUUCAUUAUGCUUAUCUCCUAAACUAAAUAAGAAUUUAUAAGGAUAAUUUGAUAAUUAGUAUAUUUACUAUUCAAACUCUCUAUCUGUAUCAGUUUACUAAAAAUAGAAACCUUCUCUUUAUAAUUAUAUUCCUAAUCUGUUUAAUCUUUAAUAGUCUUAAUUUUUCGUUGAAAGCGAUGCAGCUUCCAAGUGGAGGUGCAAAGUAUCUGCAAACAGUAAGUAUUUGCUUGCCGCUUUUGAUACUAUUAGUCUAAGUAUAUUUAAAAUUAGCCUUAAUUCUUACACCAAAUCUUCUCCUUCUAAACUUACACUUUAGUAUUAAUUUUCAGAUAGCCUUUAGUAACUAGUGAGUACUGACUCAUUCAGAGUAUUUGGACCAAAUGAAUCCAUCCCUAUGGGAUUUUAUAUUGAUGACAUUCAAUUUACUAAAGAUGAAUAAUAUAUUAUUUUUCCUUCUCAGUAGGUGGAUAUUAACAUAAUAGCUUAUAAAUUCAAAGUUAUUAAAUCUGAUAAUGGUGAUUAUUCUUUUUAAUAUGUUUAAGGAUUGAAGUUUGACAACGUUUAUUAUUGUGAAGAAAUAAAUUUAAGCGAAGAUGAAUAGCAUGCGGUAAUGGCUUUUACUGUAGGAAUAGUUUUAGUAGACGUAUAAAAAUUUGAAGUAAUUUCUAUGUACACUAACCCAGAUACAGGUACUUGUUGUGGUGCUGUUUUUUCUCAUGAUACAAAAUAUGCAUUGUCUGUUGUAAGAAAUAUAGGUUUAUAUAUUUAUGACACAUCUGAUAUGAAAAAUCCUAAAAUGGUCAAUCAGUGGAGAACAAAUGGUGGAGAAACUUUACUACGCUCAAAAAAUGAUAAGAUAAUAUAUUUUGUAGACGGAUUUAAUGGUUUAGUAUUGUUAGACUCUACAUAGCUCCCUAAAAUAGUUGUUGUAGGAAAAUUUCCUACUUCAGGCUGGGCAAAUUACAUCUCCUUUACAUUAAAUGAGAUUUAUGGAAUUAUUUCAACAAUGGACACUGGUACUUUAACACUUAUUGAUCUAAGUGAUAAACAUAAUCCAAGAGUUAUUAUGACAUCCACUGUUUAAUCUCAAGAUUCUAUUACUAGCUGUAUAGAUCCAACUGGUCUGAAUUUCAUUUUUUCUGCAGAUGCUGCAGGUGUGCGUCUUUAUAAUUUGUAAAGCUCAGUAUCAAUUCAUGUUGAAAGAGAAGUCCAGUCUAUUUAAACAAACGAGUUUAUUGAAAUGUCUAAUGAAGAUCCCUUCUAAAUAGGUUUAAAAUAUCGUGCUAGAUUUGUGUAGCUUUAUAGAAAACCAAACCAAAUUAUUAAUUAAAUUUAUUAUUAUUAAAAUCUUGAGUUAAAAACAUUACCUUCAUGGAUGUUAAUUGAUAACUCAGAUUAAAGUAAUAGAAAUUUAUAAACUUUGAUAUAAAUUGAUGUUCCUAAAGAAUGUUUAGAUUCUCAAGGAAGCAAUAUUAGCUUUUUAACUAUAGUAAUUCAGACAUGUUUUUAAUUAGAUAAUACUUCCUUUAUAUUCGACACAAGUGAUGUAACAACAACUUCUGAUGAAAGUGAUUUAAUAUUUACAUACUUGAAGUAAAAUGGCUAUCUUGAUGGAUCUAAUUGUGCUACUAAUUUUUUCGAUCCUAUAGCUUAUUAAUAUUUCAAUCUCUCUAACCUCUUUAAAUCCAUAGAUUCUAAUAGAUUAGCUAACAUUUAGUCUUACGUUACUGAGACUUAUAAAAGAACAAUAGUUUAUAACUAAUUUGUGUUUGAUGUAGUUAGUUCUUUACAAUUCAACUAAAACAACUCUUAGUAAAUGAUAUCUGCAAUUUAAAAUGAUAUUUCAGUUAGUUUUUCUUUUCCUGAUGGCUCUUAGUAUGUUUUCAUUCAGAAAAUAUAUCCAAAUCUAAUCAUGUAUUUUAACGAUUAAUAAACUGUAAUUAAAAUUGAAGGAGACUUGAAGUACGUAAAUUAAGCUUUGAGUAAUGGAAUAUUAUAUUUUGAUAAAACAAAGUAGAAUAACCAAACUUUCAGUGGUUCAUAAAUAAUUUCUAUUCAAAUAGUUGACAAGUUUAAUUAUGAUUUAAACUUUGAUUUACAGGUCGGGAAUGAGGUUAAAUUUUUAAAACUUAAGUAGAAUAUCCUUAAGCAGAAAGGGCUGUAAUAAUAAGUUAACGAUGAAUAUCAAGGAGCAGACUUGACAAUAAACGAGUCAUUUUUAAUAUAAUUUGAUGUGAAGUCUUUUAUAGAUCCAGAUUAAAUAUCUCUAACUUAUGAAUUUCUUUAGGAAAUAAAUGGAUAAUACGUACCACUAUCAUCAGAUUCGUUCAUAAAAUGUGAUAAUAUAAAUCUCCGAUUAGUGGGCACACCACCUUCUUCCUAUCUAUUUAAAACAAUUUAUUUGAGAUUGCAGAUAACAAAUGGUUAUGAUACCAUUCAUGAAGACUUUUACUUUAAUAUCAGUAUAAUGCCAUUUAGUUAUGUUUUGAAUAUAUUAAUUUAAAUUCUUGGUCCAUUGGCUUUUGCUUUUGGUUUUUAUAAAAAAAGAAUGGCUUUUAUGAAUUUUUAUUUUAGGGAUCAAACUAUGUACUCAACGGAAACUGUUUAUGUAAAUUAAAUCUACACAAAAAAAAUAUCUAUUUUAGAUUAGGAUUAUGAAGUAGCCAAUUAGUUUUUCCAUAAAUAUGUUAAAUAAGCAUAUAAGGUUUAAAAGAAAAGCUCAACAUAAUUAUAACGAUCAAUUGUUAAUAAAUCGAAAUAACUUGUUCCAAAUAUAAUCUAAUUACAAAAUAAAGAUUAAACUUAAGAGUUAGAUUAGCAAUUUUAAUAACAAUCUCCUUCUAAAAGAAAUGAUGUCAAAGUGUUAAAUAUUGCAAAAUCUGAGUAUUUAUCUUUUGGCCAAAGAAAAAAUUCUUAAUUAGAAUAAAAUGCAGAUCAAAAAGAAAGUUAAAUGGAUAAUAUUAGAACUAAUAGACCAGAAAAUGACACUUUCAUGCAAAAUAAUGAAGAUAAUGAUUAAUAUUAAACAGAAAGAAAUUCAGUUCUAAAUAAUCAAAAAAAUGUAAAUUAAGAUUUAAUAAAAAGACUAAAAGACUAAACCCCUCUUGACUAUGACAAAUUAGCAAAUAAUCUUUAAACUUCAAAUAUUUAGCUUUAAACGAAUAAAGAUAACAGUAACUAAUUAGAUCAAGUAUCCUAGAGUGGUAAUUUAAAAAAUGUCGAAAAUAAGAAUUACAUUUGCGUUAAACUUUUAACUUAAAAUCAAGAUGGAACAUUCCAUAUGGAUAAUUUGUUUAAAUAAAUUAUUAAAUAAAAGCUUACUGUUUAAUAUAACAUGCUUGAUUAUAAAAUAGAAAGGUAUGCCAAAGAUUUAAAAGAUAAGGGUAGCAAGUUUUAUUAUUGUUUGAAAGCAAAUGUUUUAAGAUAUCUAAUAGAUAAUGAUAAAAUUACACUCAAUGCGUAUUAAACGAUUAAAAAAUAUGCUUUAGAAUAAGGAAAAUACCUAUAAAAUGAUUGGUAUAAAAUGUAUGUUGAGAUAAUACCAACAAACCAAUCAAAUAACCAUGGAGUGCCUACUUCUUUUCCAUUGACAAAUUUAAAAGAAGAUUAAUUAUUUGACAUUUUUAAAAUAGUAAAAUUAAUACCUGAAAAUAUUAGUUUUAGUUAAUUUUAAAGCUGUUUGAAUUAGCUCGGUAUUGAUUUUAACUUGAUAAAAGAAGUUUUAUUUGCAGAUACACUGGGAUUAAAUUUUAUAAGUGCAAAAAAAAUAUUGAGAUGCUGUGGUGAGUCUUUACACUUAUAGAAAAAUUAAAUUUUAUCAGUUGAAGCUUAUGAAAAAAUUGAAGAAGGCCUUUGCUUAGGUUUGAGGAAAAUUUUUAAUUUGUAAUAUAAAAGUCUUCCUAUGUCAAAGUACAACUCUUUACCUAAUUGGAUGUCUUACGAUUGUAAAAGUGGUGUUAUAUUUUUAGAAGGGAUUCCUAUUAAAUCUGAUAUAAACAGCUAUCUCAUUAGAGUAUAUGACUAGUCUCACUUUAUUUGUUAUCAAUAUCAUUUAGAUAUUUAAGAAGAUCCUAACCUUUAUGAUGUAAAUUAGUCUUACUUAAACAGCUCAUAGCCAAAUUAAAUAACAGAAAGUCAAGCUAAAUAAAGAUAAAAUUUAUAAUUUUCAAGGUAGUAAUCACUUUUAAUUGCAAGAUAAUCUAGUUAAAAACAGGAUAUUUAAAUGUCACAAUAUUUUAAAAAAUAGAAAAAUGUUCAAGAAUUUAAUACACCUCUCAAUUCUUUAAGUUAAAGCUUAUCAAAUUAAAUUAAUUUUGAUAUAACAGAAGAUAAUAAUGAUACAAUCUAAGACAAAAUUUAUUUAGGAAUAAAAUCUUUGGAAGAGCAUAAAAAUGAACUAGGUUUAAUUCCAAUUUUUACUCACUCUCCAAGUGGUGUUAAGACUUUACCAAAAUGA